CCUGGUCACAAAGGUAAACAAACACAUUCAGCCAACUCUGUUCAUGUUGUUUGUUUGUGCCUCUUUGAUCUUACAUACUAUUAAUCGAUAACAUCCCCAAGAAAUCCAUCCUUCUUGUUGAUCUCCGUCACUGUGGAGACAUGCAGAUCUCAGUCAGGACCUGGGCCGACCAGACCUUCACCUUGGAGGUAAAGCCAUCGGACAAGAUCGAGAAUGUCAAGUCCAAGAUCCUGGAUAGGGAAGGGUUUCUGCCCGGCGAGUAUUCGCUCGUUUUCAACGAAAACCAGCUGGAGGAGGACGGGCGGACCUUGUCUGACUUGAACAUCCAGCAAGAGUCUAACGUGCAGAUGAUUGAGAAAAUGUUGAGAAAUCGAACAAACAAACUCGAGGGAGACGUCACCGUGAUCAAAAGAGACGUCAGCGUGAUCAAAAGAGACGUCGCCAGGAUCCUGCAAAGACUGGACUCCAUGGCAAGCUCUCCCUGGUCCCAAAGUUCUUGAUCCCCUGGCUCAAGAUCGUAGACCGGAAGUGUUGACCAUGCCCAAAGAAAGUACGGAGGAAGUCCGGGGACGAACUCGUGGGACGAUAUUCCCGCCAAUGAGCUUGAUCACUAGGGUUGGUGUUACUUCAGAUGAAACUCUUGUUUUUACCUCUUUCUUUUGCGAAUUUUAGGAAUUGAGUUGUCAUUUGAGAUGAAAUUUGCGAUAAGAUGAAAUUUCUGUCCGUUUACGCGUAACAACCUCAUCUGGGUGGGGAUGAACAACCGUCAACAGGUCGGAACAAAUUGAAUGACUGCCAUUCUAACCUAUAUUUUGUUCAUGAAAAGGCAAGCAUUAUGCUCAUAGGUUAGGUUAGCUAUGGUUACCAUUUAAAUCCAUCGUACAACCCCAUCUGGACUAUGCCUCAUUGAUUUGGAGCUCUUGUCUUGUUGGCGAACUAAACAAAAUGGAGAGUAUACUCUGGCACUUUACUCGACAAAUCACUGGAAACUCGCCUACAGGGAUCGACUUCAGCAUCUACGCCUAAGGAGACACGAACGGUCUGCCAUAUUACAUGCUUUUAAAUGUAUCCAUGAGCUGUCCCAUAGCACGGACAUUGAUUUCGGCCAACAAGACAUUGAACGUGUUACGUGUAUCCAACCUCAUUGGAACUACAACAAAAAUGCGAUUACUAAAUCAAUCAUGCACCACUCAUUUCUUGCUAGGGGCCCCAAGACUCUACAACAAACUGCCCUCCUCCCAUUGGGUCAUCUAUGUUGGAAAAAAUCCUCUCCCCAAAUUUAAAGAAGACCUAGAUAACUUCCUCCAAAUCAUUCCAGACCAACCUUCAAUACCUGGGUAUCAUUGAUCAGCAAAAUUCAAACUCAAUUACUGAUCAGAUUCACUUUCAAGUGAUUGUGUAAAUAUAUUUGUGCCUUGAAUCCA